AUGGCUGCAAAAAUAGGAUCAGCGUUAGUAGAAGAAAAUGAACUCUUAAAAGAAGAAACACUCAAGCUAAAGACCAAACUGAGCAUCAUGGAGGAAAGAUUUGAAGAAAUAGAAAAUGAAGAAAAGAAAUACAUAGACAAAAUAGAAAACCUUUUACAGCUAAAUGCAGACGUUGAAGCUCAACUCACUAAAGAGAAAAAACUUCGCCAAGAAGCGCAAUUUAUCUAUGAGGAACAUGACCUAAAACUAAGUCAACUUAUUGAUGGCUAUGUAAAAAGAAUAGCGGAGCUUGAAAAAACUAUCUCAACACUGCAAAAGAAAACUGAAAAUCAAGAAACUAAGUCUGCCACUUUUCAAGAUUCUAUGACGCAAACUUCCCCUCCUACCGAAAUAAUUAAAGAUAGUCCCUCAUCCCUCCUACUUGAAAUGUCAGGAGCCAGCCAAACCUGCCAACAAAAACUGAAGAACCCCUUGACAGACUGUAACCCACACUUGACUUCAGGAGCCAGCCAAACCUGCCAACAAAAACUGAAGAACCCCUUGACAGACUGUAACCCACACUUGACUUCAGGAGCCAGCCAAACCUGCCAUCAAAAACUGAAGAAUGUUUUAACAGAAUGUAACCCACACUUGACUUCAGGAACCAGCCAAACCUGCCAAGAAAAACUGAAAAACACUUUGACUGAAUGCAGCCCACACCUGACCUCAGGAAUUGACCAAAGCUGCAAACAAAAACUGCCAGGACGGACAAGGACAUGGAGAGCCAAGUCUUCGGUACAAAAUAACAAUUUAAAUACUCAAGCAAGAGCAUAUGCUCUCCAAGCAACCGAAGGCAAGAAAGCAAAUAUGUUUAGUGUCUCCCUUCAAGUGGCAAAAGCUGGCAGUAAAUCAAAUACUUUGGGACUUCAAAAACCUGCCAACUUGGACGUAAAAAUGAAGCUAAAUAACUCCCCACCACUAAACUCAAAAUUAAAGAAAAGUGAUGAAGAUUAUGAGCAAUUCUUCCUAAAAUACAUUACAUUCUACAUGGAGCACAUGAAGAAACACUAUGGCUAUACUGGAGCUUGUGAUGACCUAUCACAGUCCAACCAUAAGUCUCAGUCCGUUUCAACCGAAAAUCAGUCACAGAUGCCCCCAUCCCCUACAGGCUCUGUAACAGACAAAACCAACAUGACAAUCAAGAAAAAAGCAUACGAUUUUAAACUGAGAGACAUGAAGAGGCAACACAUAGUGACUUACAUCAACCAAGCUCAUGACAAGUCCAAAGCAACAUGGAAGAAGAUAGCCCUCAAAAGAUUAUUGGAUCACUGCAACGAAAAUGAGUUGAUGACACCUAACCAACAUGGCUUUAGGAAACAUAAGUCUACAACAACGGCCUUAAUAAGUCUGCUUGAGGAGACUGUUGACCACAUAGAAGCUGGCAGAAUAGCAGCAGGUAUUAUGCUAGAUUAUAGCAAGGCCUUUGAUUGCCUCAGCCAUGACCUUAUCCUCACCAAGUUACAAUCCCUUGGUAUUGUGGCAAAAGCAGCAGAAUGGGUACAUAACUAUCUGGCUGAUAGACAUCAGCUUGUGGAGCUUCUGUGUCAAGAAAAGAGUACUACCAAAAAAGUUCUUUCAACACCUCUACCAAUAACAAGAGGGGUACCCCAAGGUUCUGUUCUGGGCCCUGCUCUCUUCAUCCUUACCACAAAUGACCUACCAGCAUAUUUAAGAGACAGCUGUACCCCAAUAAUGUACGCUGAUGAUACCACCCUUGUGCUGGGCAAAGAAAGAGUGGGAGAUAAUCUGGCCGGCGCUGUCCCUCCUGUGGCCGAGUGUGUAGUGGACGACGACAUGCACAGGGUGGACUCUGUAUUUCAGCUGGAACCCGUCACUGAGCAGGAUAUUGUAAAAGUAGUACAAGACAUGCGAGGGAUCCAGCUGGGGGGAAGCAUAUGGAGCGGCGGAGCGGGGGCUGCGUACUGUCAAGCGAUGGUUUGA